AUGGCCGAUUUUGUGCGUGGACAAGUGACAACUUGGACUCUUGAUGUUUCGGAGCUUCCGGAGAGCUGUCUCCAAAACAUUAACCAGAUAGUAAUCAGAGAAAAGAGUGGUGACGGGUGGACUCCAGAGUGGCUUGCAAUAACGACAGUCGAUUCUAUAGCUUGUGAAACGACGAAGUACUUAUAUGAGGUCUUCGUCUCUAGUAGUUAUUUCGAUCCCGCUUACGCUUCUUUCGUACGAAAUUUCAUUUACCAAACAUUUGAAGAUCUGCCGUUCUGCGAAGAUCCUUGCGCUUGGCGAGAAACCUGUACUACUUUCGUUGAUAGCUGCGCAAUAACGCCUGCACAAAACAAUCUCAGAGCAACAUUCAAGGCCGCGCUCAAUUACAAAUUCUCAGUUGAUGUUCUCUGCGGUCACAGUUCUUACUGGGCAUGGAGGAAUAUUAUUGAAGUCAACAAGGAAUAUUCUCAAACCAAUAAUGCGGCUGGCUACAGACAAUUUGCCAUUUAUUCGGUAAAGGAUUCUCCUGACUUGGAAAUCACUGUAAAUGACCCGACGAAAAAUGAACAACGACUGAGAUUUUACAGGUCCUGCGUUUCCGGAGAAUGGAACACAUAUUCUGUUAUCGUUAGACAAGUUCCUGACUCUCUAACGACACUGCGCUACGUUUUGAGAAUAGACGCCGUAGAAGUCGCCAAUGGAACUUAUGAUGUUAGUCAAGCUUACGCGAUUGGUGAUCUUUAUGCUAUGGUUUCGAAUAAUUACGAUGCGACGUCUGCGCAGAAUGAAGUUCGAAACUUCUAUUUUCAAAGAUUUGAGGACAGAAAUAUUUUUCAAAUGGCAAAUAUUGCAUGGAUCGAGAAAUCAAACAUUGUCGACCAAAGUUUCGAUCCCGCAUACUUCGGACUGCAAAAAUCAAUUAAAGGUCAAGCAGGAGCAUGGCAUUACUUUUCAAUUCAUCAGCGAGAAAUUCAGCCUGGAAAAUUGCUCCGAACUUUCAAACACAAUGAUAUUAUCUACCAUGAGGAUUUAUCAUACACUCCAGACGCUCUUUAUGACAGAACAAUUUAUGCUCAUCUAUUCUACGACAGAACGACUUCGGGAGAGCUAGCUGGAAUCAGAAAUUUCUAUCUUGAAACAAUUGAUUCUUGCGUCGAACUUUGCGACAAUCUCACUCGCUGUACAACAAAAGGUUGUUCCAACUCAGAGUCAGGCAUCGUCUGUACUUGUCCUUCUGGAUAUCAGAGUUUGAACACCGUCGAAAAUGACUGUGAUAACUACCACUGCUUCGAUACUGAUGAGUGUUUGGAUCAAAAUUCAUGCCCAUCUGCGAACGAAAUUUGCGAGAACACGAUCGGGAGCUUUUUAUGCAACUGCAUGAAUGGAUUUUUACGGAAAAAUGGAGCAUGCGAAGACAUAAACGAGUGUGAGAUUGAAACCCAUAAUUGUCCAGUAUUUUCAACUUGCAAGAAUUUAAACGGGAGCUUCGAGUGUUUCUGUAAUCCCGGUUUUCUUGAAGAAACUUGUUCUGGAUUUUCGAAUUGCCAGAAUCUGGAGUGUGUUGAUGAAGAUGAAUGCUCGCUUGAACCAUGCGACCAGAAUAUGAUCUGCAGUAAUACGAUCGGAAGCUACUCGUGUGACUGUGUUGACGGAAUGAAAAUGGUGGCCGGCGGCUGUUCUGAUAUUGAUGAGUGUGAAGAAGAAAAUGCUUGCCCAGAAUAUUCGAUUUGCAAAAAUUUUGAAAGGAGUUUUGAGUGUUUUUGUCAAGCUGGUUUUGACGGGGGAUUUUGUUUUGGUGAGCAGCAAUGCUCGAAUUUUACCUGUUUCGAUAUUGACGAAUGCGAAAGUGGUGAGCACUUGUGCGAAGAAAUCUGCAUCAAUACUAUUGGAAGCUUCACUUGCUCGUGUCCCGUUCCUAUGCGACAAGUCGACUUGUUUAAAUGCGAAGAUGUCAGCUUUGACGGGAAUAAAAUGACUGAAAUGGAGGAUGAAGAGCUUCAAAAAAUGAUGGAAAACGAGCUUGGAAGUAUACACGAAAAAAUGCAACUUGCGUUGAAAUUCACUAAUGACUCGAAACUUGUUUCAGAAGCAAUCGGCGAAGCUUCAGCGAGAACUGGAAAUCUUCUGUCAAAUCUUCUCGCUCCGAAAACAGGAGAUGAUUCUUUUUUGAAGGAAAUCGGAUCGUCGAGUGUUGAUUUGCUGCUGGAAAAAAGCGAGAGCAUAGUUUCUAUAAGAACUGGUUUGAAUUCGCUUCUUGAGGCGAUUUCUGAUGACUCUCCCUCGACUGAAUUUAUCGUCUUCGGAGAAAAUAUUUCAAUUCCGAUUUUAUACGGCGAAUCAAGAUCAAGAAAGAAUGGAUUGCUAGCUGAGAUAAAAUUCAAUCCCUUUAUCUACUCUGACGACGAUUUGAGACUUGCCAAUCAAGUUUUGUAUUCUUCCAAUUUCGAGGGCUACGCUCAGAUGAGAUUCAAACAAGAACCUAAAACGAUUGAAAAGAGCUUGCUACCAGGUCAAGGAGAGGUAGUGAGAUUCGACCUUGAAAACAACGAGGAUUUUUUCGUAUUUUUCGAUUUCGAUGAGAGUAUUUAUGUUGAUGUUUUUGUCGACUUCUGGUACAAGCCCGACCCAAAGCUGCUCUCUUAUCGGCAUCACGUGACUCUUCCCUCGUUUAAAAAUGCUUCCGAAUUGUCUGCAACAAAAUGCACCGUGAACGUCUGCUCAGGUGAUCCGUAUGGAAUACAUUUUGAGAAGAAAGAGGUCGAGCUCUGCUUUUCUCGACAAAAAUGCUCAAUUUUCAUCCUCAUCAAGUCGAAUCCUCUUCAAAAAGACGAUGAAAAAAAGGAAGAAACAAAGAUCAAAAUAACCUCCGUUUCUGCGUCCUGCGUCACAGAAAAAUCACAAAAAUGGAAUCGAGACUUCUGCGCAGUUAUGAGCGAUUCAACCGCUGAAAAUAUCAAGUGCUCAUGCGAGAUCUCUUCUGGCGACAAAAUCACGUCCCGAGCUGGAGGCUUCACUACUGUCGCGGACUAUUACACAGUCUUCGUCAACAAGAUCAUUACAGUUAGCAUGAAACUGUUCCCAGUCCUCCUGGGUUUUCUUUGGAUGGCCAACCAGGGUGAGCUCGAAUACACGUUUUUGGAAAAGUCGGAGUCAUAUGAAAACGGACUGUACCAAAAGCUCACGAAAUCAGUUUUGGAUAGAAAAGCAAUCACAAAUCUGGUCUACAGAUCAAAACACAAGACUGACUUUUACAUCACUUUGCGUCGAUUUAUUUCUUAUUUAUUCUUGACAUUGAGCUUGUAUGGUCUCUCAACAGUCAUUUUACCGACUGAGAAGUACUACCUCGACAAAAACUUCCGCGACAAAAUCUCCAUCGUUCCGAGUCAGACCCAACUCAAUGUCAGUUCAACUUGGGAUUUAAUUCAAGACGAAAUCGUUCCGCUCAUCCACUCCGGCAAUCUCAGUAACGGCGAAAAGGCAAGCGUGAAAGACAAAGCCUACGCAAGAGACAGUGUCAACUUCCGCCUUGGCCCUGCUUCUUUGAUUCAGCAUCGUGAUCAGUGCGGCUUUUUCACUACUUAUUGGAAUCCCCAGCUGAAUGUAACAGAAAGAGUCAUCGAAAAGGUCAAGAAGUCGCCACUUCUCUCGUCUUAUUUUUCAAAAACAAAAUCGUUUCUUUCUUCAGACAUCUUUCUCCAAACUCCUUCACGACUUUCCCGUUCGACUUGCGCAUUCACCUCUAUUCUCGGGACCUCAAAAGAAAGUGCUGAUUACAUGACGAAUUAUCUCCGCAAAAACGCCUGGUUCGACCAAAACACAAAACUGCUCAUCUUUGAACAGAGCUUUUUGAACAUGAACAUCAACGCUUUUGCUCAAUUUCGAGUGGUCUUCGAAUUCGCGGAAGGAGGUGCCAUCAUUCCUUCUCUGACGAUCCAGCAGCUCAAGAAUGUGGAACUGACGGACUACACUUUCUCAUUCAACCUCAUUGUUUUUAUUGCCCUGCUUCUUUAUGAAACAAUCGAGAUCUUCAGUAUUUUGAGAAAGCGGGAAGUAAGCUUUCUUUCAUUAUAUAAAAUAAUGCUGACGAUGAUCGACGUCGUGAUUUUGGCCUUCAUCAUUCUCCGAUCAAAUUAUCUCUCCGAAGCAAUCGACAACUUCAACCUGGAUCCAAAAGGGGCUCCGACAUUUUCAAAAGUGUUUUUGAUUCAGCAUCAUUUCAUUUCGCUCGUCGCGAUGUCUCUUUUUCUACACAGCUUUCUGCUCAUCCACAUUCUCUCAACUCUCAACGCCGUCAGACAGUACAAGAGCAUCCUCAAACAACUGAAAAGGACCCUGGCUCCAUUUGUGUUGGCGCUUUUGCCGAUUCAAUUCGGACUCUCCUCUGUCGUCUUCCUGAUCUUCCGCUACUCAUCCUUCAUUUUCCGCUCUUUGUGGAAAACCUUCUUUGUCAUCAUUUGGCAGGGCUAUCUCAAGCCUUCAGAUAUGCGAGUUGAAGUAGACGAACUUCCCGAUCCGAACUGGCGCUUACUGGCGAAGUUCAUCUACUUUGCUUUGAAUCUUUCGAUGAUGUACUUGACGAUGAAUGUAAUUGUGGCGAUUAUUUGCGACACGAAUCAAAGCGUGAAAGAAGACGAGCUCGAAUUAGACUGGCUCAGUCUUGUCUCGGAAAAGAUCAAGAAGUUACGAAGAAAAGCUGCGCCGAAGAAGAUGAAUAAUAUGAAGUCAAUCAAUCGGAGAGAGACAUAUAGUUAG